ACUACCUUCAGCAGAUGUAAUCAGCCGCUAGCAAGCUCUGGUUUUGUUACUCGCGUGCGUGUGCGCGCUCACGCGCUAGGCAGGAUUUUCUUACACCGAAAUAGCUUAAACGACUAUAACAGUUUGAAGCAACACAGGAAAUCUGCCUGGACAUGCCUUCUACCGUGUACAAGAAGCAGUCUCCAAACACUAAGCUUACGCUAUUUCUCGGAACACGAGAACUAAUAGUCGACAAUGGUGAAUCUUCGCCUGUGGAUGGAGUGGUACUUAUAGACCCCAGUUAUGUUAAGGAAAGGAAAGUGUAUGCUUUGGUGAUUCUUACAUUCCGCUAUGGAAGAGAAGACGAAGAGGUCAUGGGCUUAAAGUUCUAUACCGAAGCAGUCUUGGAUUUCAAACAGAUUUAUCCACCACCUGAACCAAUUGACCAUAAUGACCUCAGUCCACUGCAGCAAAAUCUCCUCCGGAGACUAGGAAACAACGCCUACCCAUUAACUAUGGAAGUAUCUAGUCAGGCUCCAGCCUCGGUUCGACUCCAGCCUGCUCGAGCUUACAGUGGAAGUCCUUUAGGAGUUUGUUACGAUCUUAAAGUAUUUGUAGGUGAACGACUAGAUGACCGGAGUUACAAAAGAAGCUCAAUCCGAAUGAGUUUACGUUGCCUACACUACACUCCAACUCAAAACUUUAAUCCAUUGACACAUCCAACAGCUUCGGUGAGAAAAACCUUUGCUUUCAGUCCUGGGAGGCUUGAUAUUGAAGUCAAAUUGGACCGUGAGAUUUACCAGCAUGGAGACACGUUGCGAAUUCACGUAACCUUAAACAACAAUAGCAUCAAGACAGUCCAGAAAAUCAAGCUAUACGUCAUUCAGCAUGUUCUGGUUUGCAUGUUUACUAAUGGACAUUUCAAAAAUCUCGUCGGAAACGCUGAGACCGACAAGAAACAUCCAAUACCAGCUGGCGCCAGCAUAUCACGUGAUUUUGCUAUCAAGUUAAUGAGCUUUCUUAAGUAUCCUGUAGCUCUAGCGGUGGAAAGUGGCCUUCAAGAGGACAGCCCGAUUUUGGCCUCAACAACAACUACAGGAGGACCCAAGGAAAAAAAUCCUUAUGGUGUAGUAGUUUCAUAUGAAGUAAAGGUGAAGAUCGUUUUAGGAUGUAUUGAUCGAUCCAUCGUAGUGCGCUUACCUUUUAAAAUACUUAAACCUCGACCACUGGAUGAUCAGGCUAGAAAUGGUUAUGAGGCAACCCAAAAAACAGUGAGCAUUGAUGUUGUUGAAGCAGACCCGAUGAUUGCAGAGCAAAUCGCAAAACUCGCGAGCCUUCGGAGCUGAAAUUUUAAAUAAACCAGGAAAUACAAGUUCUGCUGCCUUGUCGCAUACCUUAAUAAGUCAAAAGUGAAUACUGAGUUUAGCAAGAUUCUAACUCUGAUAACUUAGUUGUUUCGUAUACAUUCUUGAUUAGAAAAUCAGGGGUUUGAAUCUCGCAGAAACUCGUUUUUCACUUCCAACUUCCACAUGUUGAAGUAUUUCCUUCAGUAUUUAUUUCAUCUAAAGGGGAAACUAGAUUUCUGUCGCAAAACUCAAAAUACAGGCUGUGCCUAACAACUUAAUAAAUAUGUGAAACAACUAUUUUUGUUAUAAAUGGACAUUCUCAGAGAUUAGAAUUAAAUAAUCAAUUUAUCAUUUUUUUUACAAGCGACUAUACAAACAAUCUCUAUAUUUGGCAUUGAAAUUAUUUUCAAAAUUAGACAAAUUUUUUCUCUUUUCCAGAAUAUUUAAAAUCUGUUUAAGCUACAGCAGAAGACGUCCUGACACAAGGAAGCCAGCACCAAGUACAUAAAUACACACUCAAAUAUCUAUAUCCUCUGAUUCCAAACUACACCCGCAAAUACCCAAAGUACGUAAACAUAAGUACCUCUGUUGUAAAUUCUGAAAUUACUGAAUUAAUUUUGUAACUUUAUAAUCUCUUUUCCGCAAUCAAUAAAGCUCCAAAAGAUGUGUCAAACUUAUCUCGUUGAACAUAUUCCUAUAACUUCCGGCGCCAUUUUUAAAUUUCUUUCUGAAUUGGUACUGCGUUACAUUCAAAAUUUAAUUAAACCACUU